AUAUAUUAUAAAAAUAUAAUAGCCACAUCACAGCCACAGCCUGAUCCGGAUGCCGGCCACAUCUCAGGCUUAGCAAUUAGGAGAAUUGUAAUCUGCCACGUCAACGGGGUCGACCUAUCAAAUCUGAGCAUGGGAUUACAGGCAACCAAUAGGGAAGCAGGACGAGUCGCGCCAAUGAAUCCGAGGUGUCACGUUUUCAUCCACUAUCUAUCCCAGUUAAGCUAGCUCAUGCUUCAUCCAUCCCAUAAAAACAGAGCAGCAGCUGCAGAGAGCCAGCUCAGUAAAGAAAGCCAGGCAGCAAGGGAUAGAGGGUAGCAUCGUUACUAUUAUUGCUUCAUUUCCUCAGAGGGGGCGAGGUGGGGGGGUUAAUUAUGGCGGCUUCGGUGGCAGCAUCAACAGCAGCGGCCUCGCUGGGAGCGUCGGAGAUGCUGGGGAAUGCUCUGAAUUUCAACGGCAGCAGCAGCAGCAGCAGGUCUCUUGCAUCAGGCCCCUCCUCCACUUCCACUUUCAAGAUAGUUGCUCUCUUCUCAAAGUUCAAGAAGGCUGCUUCUUCUCCCCCUCCUCCGCCUCCCAGAUCCAAGCCCUCUCCCGCAGUUUCCUCUGUCUCUGAAGAACUCGCCAAGUGGUAUGGCCCUGAUAGAAGGAUCUUCCUUCCCGAAGGACUGUUGGACCGUUCUGAGAUUCCCGAGUACCUGACUGGAGAAGUCCCCGGAGAUUAUGGUUACGAUCCUUUUGGGCUCAGCAAGAAGCCAGAAGACUUCGCCAAGUAUCAGGCGUACGAGCUGAUUCACGCCCGGUGGGCAAUGCUCGGAGCUGCUGGGUUCAUCAUCCCUGAAGCUUUCAACAAGUACGGUGCUAACUGCGGGCCUGAGGCUGUCUGGUUCAAGACAGGAGCUCUGCUUUUGGAUGGGAACACCCUCAACUACUUCGGGAACAACAUCCCCAUCAACCUUGUGGUAGCCGUUGUCGCGGAGGUCGUCCUUCUUGGCGGUGCCGAAUACUACAGAAUUAUUAAUGGCUUGGAUUUGGAGGACAAGCUUCACCCGGGCGGGCCAUUCGAUCCACUGGGGCUGGCCAGCGACCCAGACCAAGCCGCACUCCUCAAGGUGAAGGAAAUCAAGAAUGGUAGACUAGCCAUGUUUGCGAUGCUUGGUUUCUUCUUGCAAGCUUAUGUUACAGGGGAAGGUCCAGUCGAUAACCUUUCUAAGCAUCUCACCGAUCCUUUCGCAAACAACUUGCUCACUGUUCUUUCCAGCUCUGUCGAGAGAGUGCCCACUCUCUAAUCUCCUCUUUCUUUCCACUUGCUACAGCGCCAUGUUCUGUAGUCUCCGCCCGAUCCACUUUCAUUUUUAUUUCUUUCCUUAAGUUGAAUUGUCCAUCUUCAAGUAUCGUAAUAGGGUGGCUCAUAUGGUGGGCAAAAAAACCCUUUUUAUUGUUCCUGUCUCUUGUCGGCCAGCUGACUCUUGUGUAUCUCGAUUAUCUCAUUUAAUACGAAGUAUCUUUUGGGGGGAAAAUGUAUGAUUUGAAGUUAAGUGCGUACAUACAAUAUGUCCAAGGCCAAAUGUGGCUCUAAGGUACAAGAAUAGUA